AUGAACGCCACAGCCGAUGUUAAAUAUGAUCUAAACACUACUUCGAUCGGUGUUUUAAUAUUUACACAAGACAAUGCCGAUUCACCGGUGAAAAUCACUGGUACACUGACAGGACUUUAUAGCAAUGCUUCACUGGGUUUUCACAUUCAUCAAUCUUCACUGACAGGUAACAUACCAAAUUGUACUGCAGCUGGGGCUCACUUCAAUCCAUAUAACGUCGGACAUGGAGCCCGGAAUGGUACUAUAUGUACUCGUCAUGUUGGCGAUCUUGGAAACAUACAGACGGAUGAAAACGGUACAAUCACAAUUGAUAUUUCCGAUUCUAUCAUUCAACUGUAUAAUAAUACAGCUCGAUCGAUUAUCAAUCUACCCGUGGUUGUGCACACUCGAAUGGAUGAUCUUGGGACCGGAACAAGUCCCAACAGUAUUACUACAGGAGAAUCGAUAAGUCGACAAGAUUCAUUUGGUCUUACUGUUAAAGAAACAGUAGGUUAUGUUUAUCAGCGUUUACGUGCGGAAAUUUUUGGUAAUCAAUCAGAUACAGGAUCGAUUUCACAUAUAUUCUUCGUUUUUGGUGCAUCGGGUGAUUUAGCUAAAAAGAAAAUUUAUCCAACACUUUGGUCGUUGUAUCGUGAUGAACUUUUACCAGAACAUAUUCGUUUUAUUGGCUAUGCUCGUAGUGAAAUAACAAUUGAAAAAAUCUUUGAAAAUGCUGCUAAAUAUAUGAAAGUUAAGGAAAAUGAACAUGAAAAGUAUGAAAAAUUUGUGAAAAUAAAUUCCUAUAUUGCUGGUUCAUAUGAUAAUGGACAAGAUUUUGAAAAUUUAAAUAUUGAAGCUAAUAAAUUAUCAAAACAAGAUAGUGCACAUCGACUUUUUUAUUUAGCAUUACCACCAAGUGUUUAUGAAAGUGUUACUGAAUUAAUUAGUAAAUAUUGUCGACCAAAAUCACCAGGUUGGUUACGUUUAAUUGUUGAAAAACCAUUUGGUAAAGAUCUUACAAGUUCAAAUAAAUUAUCUUUACAUUUAAAGAAAUUUUUUACUGAAGAAGAAAUUUAUCGUAUUGAUCAUUAUUUAGGAAAAGAAAUGGUACAAAAUAUAAUUGUACUUAGAUUUGCAAAUCAAAUUUUAUCAAGAGUUUGGAAUAGAGAUUCUAUUGCUACAGUUAGUAUUAUUUUUAAAGAAGAUAUUGGAACACAAGGAAGAGGUGGUUAUUUCGAUGAAUUUGGAAUUAUUCGAGAUGUAAUACAAAAUCAUUUAAUGCAAAUUUUAUCAAUUAUUGCCAUGGAAAAACCACGAUCUACAAAAGGUGAAGAUAUUCGUGAUGAAAAAGUCAAAUUAUUACGUUCUGUAGUACCAAUUAAACUCGAAGAUGUUGUCAUUGGACAAUAUAUUGGUGAUAAAGAUUCAACAGAUGUUGAACAUCAACAAGGUUAUUUAGAUGAUAAAGGUGUACCAAAAGAUUCAACAACACCAACAUAUGCACAAGUUGUUCUCAAAAUUAAUAAUGAACGUUGGGCUGGUGUACCAUUUAUUCUUCGUGCAGGUAAAGCAUUAAGUGAAAAAAAAGCUGAAGUACGUAUACAAUUUCAUGAUACACCUGGUAAAAUAUUUGAUACAGAAAGUCAUCCAAAUACUACAUUAGCUCGUGAUGAACUUGUUAUACGUGUUCAACCAAAUGAAGCUAUUUAUCUUAAAAUAAAUACAAAACAACCUGGUAAAAUGAGUUUUAAUAUUGAAGAAACUGAAUUAGAUUUAACAUAUGGUGAACGUUAUAAAGAUAUUCAAUUACCAGAUGCAUAUGAACGUUUAAUUCUUGAUGUAUUUAUGGGUUCAAAAAUAAAUUUUGUACGUUCAGAUGAAUUACAAGAAGCAUGGCGUAUUCUUGAUCCAAUACUUGCCGAAAUUGACAAGAAAAAAAUACCAACUAUUCCAUAUACAUUUGGUAGUCCUGGAAUACAGCAAGCAUUUGAUAUUGCAGCUAAAUAUGGUUAUAUAUUUCGUGGUACAUAUGUUUGGAAAAAUGAACGAUCUGCAUUAACAUCAAAUAAAGAACAGACAAAAACUGACAAUAAAAAAUGA